AUGUACACAAGAAGGAGCGGCCACGUCGAGGGCUAGUUUACCAUCAGCAGUCGUGCUGGAAAGUCUCUGUGCUCUUACCUGAACAGUUUAUAACAUCGUUUACGGCGUUCAGCAUUAAAGAAGAAAGCGGAUACACCUUUUGUUCAGACUUACGUUUGGUCUGCGUCUUGAAUUUGAAGACUAUUCAAAAGUUGGUGUGUGAUAUACAACGUGGAUUAUUCUUGUUUGGACUACUAUAAUUUGUGUCUGUGAUGACUGCUUUCAGUAAUAUGUAAUAUCGUUGCAUGCAAUGGAAUAGCACCUCCAACACUGACAUAUAGUUGCUUUACAACAUCUGUGGUUGCUGCGAAAUCAAGAUGGCGCGACACAUUAGUGUGUUGAAACAUCCGGCAGUAUUACUUAUAGCUACGCUGGCAUCUGUCUGUGUGUGUCGGCAGAUGUGCUAUAGCUGCAACUACGUUGGCAACAUCCUGAGUCAAGGGUACGAGUGUGUCUCUUAUCCAAAAAACUGGACAUAUGGAAAUUGGAGACUUAGGUGCAACACUAAAUGUACGACACAAAGUACAUACGAUAAGGAGACCGGCAAGGCCACUUUCAUGGCUCGUGGAUGUAGCGGUUCCAUGAAGGUUCCUGAAGACUAUUGUGAGGAAGACGACUUCAGCGUCCGCUGCUACUUCACCUGCGAAGACCACUACUGCAACGAUGGGCCUGGUAUCGACGACAGUUUCCUGGAAAUCAUUUCUGAUGGAGGAGGUGCCGCUAGUCGAGUGUCACUUAUUACUGUUCUGCUGGAAACACUCGUAGCUUUUUUCAUCAAGAUGUGUCUGUAGUUGGAAGAAAAUACCUAAUACUUGUAUAGUAUAUCAACAUCCACAUAUGGACCACCUGUCAUGAGAUUUUCUAAUUUCCACAUUAUGGACUUAAACGUCAAUGAUGAAAUAAUGUUAAUGAUUUGAACAUUUUUAAAAAUAGAUAAUAUACUUUAUUGCUUUUGCCAAAGAUGAAAUUAGCAAUUGACCGACGAUGUGACGUUGUGGGAAGCGGUGUGGCUUUGAAUUGUUCGAAAAGUAUGAACUGUACGUUGGACAUUCUGGAUGUACUGUGAAAAUUGAGUAUCGAAAAAAAUCCGCGACACAAACCUUCAGAGGUUCAAUUGGAUGUUCUGAAGCACUGACGGAAAAAUAUCCACUCUCGAUACAAUUCCUAGCCACCACUCCUGAAAUGAUCGGUCCCUUAGCGACAAACACCUUUUUUUAAACAUUUGAAUUUCGCUUAAAUGAUCUGAAAAAAUCUAAAAAUUAAUAAGAAAAUAUACUUCAUUUAUUUUAUAUAAGCUUUUCGAACUUACAUACCAUUUUCACAGAUUUCAGUAUUUUUAAACAAAUAGUGAUGCAGUCAAAAUGGCACCCAUGUCUUCUUAUUGCAAUGCUUUUAUGCUUCUAUAUAUGCUUAGAGUAUAUAGCAUCAAUUAUGCAAGAAGUGUUCAUUUCGCAUGUUUCGUAAAUUAAUGUUUGCGCAGUGAUUCAUAGAAUUCAAACAUGAAACAGCGAACUUUUUUUAUAUAUAAUCUGUCGAUGCUUAAAGCAACACCGUGCGGUAAAUUGUGAAGCAUGUUUACAAAAAGGGCAGCUGUUACAUCAGCUCUUACAUCACUAAGUGCCUUACCGGAAACCACAUAAUGCUGAAGCUGAUUAACCCGGAUAAAAAAGUCAGACAUUGUCUGACACUCCCCCGACAAUGCCGGGUCCAACUACUGCUAAGUAUAUAUACCUCAUACCAUUGCCUUUGUUUCCAUAUUAAAUAUAUUGAUAUUGUUUUGUUCAUCAAAUUAAAAAUAUUUAUUUCCAAUCACAAUUUCUAUAUGUAUAUUGUUUAUGCUUGAGUUAUGAUCUAUUGUGUUUGGUAAAAAAAUUGAUUUUAACUUAAAUUGUUACGUUUCUUUUGAAAAGAUUUAUGAAAAAUCUGUUUUAUUAUUUUAAUUAAACAUGGAA